AUGAGUUUGUCCCUCAAUCCCAAACCUUUCCUGAAUGGAUUAACAGGAAAACAAAAAAUGGUGGAACCUAAGUGGGAAAUGGAGUACAAAGGCUACCUGGUAUCUGUAGAUAGCUAUAUGAGCAUGCAGCUCGCAAACACGGAACAAUAAACCAAUGGAACAUUGUCUGCACAUUUGGCUAA